AAUUGAGGCAAGGAGGUGAACCCGGGAGGCUGCCUGGCAGAGGUGGUGCCAGCUGCCCGAGGGCGGAGCCUCGUGGCCCCGCCCUACAGCCCCGCCCCCACCCUGUCGCUCAACUGGGCUCUGGCCAGAGCGCAGCAUCCAGCGCUGCGGGCUCUGGGCUAUGGACGCCCCAGGUGCUCCGGCCCCUGCCGCCGCCCCCAGCUCGGCAAGGAAGGAGCUGAAGAUAGUGAUCGUGGGUGACGGCGGCUGCGGCAAGACGUCGCUGCUCAUGGUGUACUGCCAAGGCUCCUUUCCCGAGCACUAUGCCCCAUCGGUGUUUGAGAAGUACACGGCUAGUGUGGCAGUGGGCAACAAGGAAGUGACCCUGAACCUCUACGACACGGCUGGGCAGGAAGACUACGAUCGGCUGCGGCCUCUGUCCUACCAGAACACGCACCUCGUUCUCAUCUGCUACGAUGUCAUGAACCCCACCAGCUACGAUAACGUCCUCAUCAAGUGGUUCCCUGAAGUCACUCAUUUCUGCCGAGGGACCCCCAUGGUUCUCAUCGGCUGCAAGACAGACCUGAGGAAGGACAAGGAGCAGCUGCGGAAGCUCCGGGCGGCCCAGCUGGAGCCCAUCACCUACACACAGGGCAUGACUGCUUGUGAACAGAUGCGAGCUGCACUUUAUCUGGAAUGUUCUGCCAAGUUUCGGGAGAAUGUGGAAGAUGUCUUCAGGGAAGCUGCCAAAGUGGCCCUCAGUGCCCUGAAGAAAGCACAGAGGCAGAAAAAACACAGGAUCUGCCUGCUGCUGUGACCCCGGGGCAGACAGCCCUGAGUGGAACUGUCAUGGCCAGGGACCCAGGCCUAGGCCACUCCUGGGACUCUGCCCCAUCAGAGCCUUCCAGUGCCUGGCAUCUGGGGCUAGCCCCUUGGAGCAUUCUCCAACCUUUUGGGUUCACGCUCUAGUUCAGUGGUGAAUGAUGGUGUCAGACCCACCAAUGUCCCUCUGCCCUGGGAUUGGCACAUGUUCCCAGGCCACAGGAGGGCCCUUGUCACAGCUCCUUCUUGCCCCAGUCAUGCAUUUCCCUUUCCAAACCCAAUUCAUGCUUGAAACUUAAAGACACUGAGAACAUGGGCAAAUGUUGAUCUGCAAUGCUGUUUACAAGAGUUCCAAGCCCACUGUUCCUCUGUCACUGUCUCCCUGAGCUCCUGAGAUAGGCUUGGCUACAUCCUCCAGCCUCUUCCUUCUUCCCCCUCAGGAACCCGGGGCCACAGCCUAUCAGGAGAACCCAGGCAUCAAGCCGGACAUGGGGCUGGCACCAGCUAGCUGCUCGAUUGGUACCACACUGAAGACUUUUGUCUUAGCCUGAGACAGAUGUUCAGAGGCCUAAGAACAUCUCAAAAGGUCAAAAUAUACUCAGGCCAGCCAAGCCUCCCACCCAAUCCCUGCUUCAGGUCCCACCUCCAAACCCCCAGUAGACUUCCACUGGGGACUCCUGUCAGGGGCCUCAGGGAAAUGGGCUCUCUGCCCAGACCAUUCCCCAUCUGUAAAUGGCCAGGAUCGGGUCAUUGGAGUAGUCAAGCUCUCAUCUUCUACCCGAUUCAGUCUCUUGCUCCUACCAGAGUGUGGGGCUCAGGAAUGGACUAUCCCUGCCUCCUUCCGGAACUGACAUGGUCAUCCCUGGCCACACUGGACAAUUUUCCAGAACUGGCCUGCUGACCACCAGUGUCUACGACAGCAAGAUUCUUGAGUUCUGACAUUUCCUUCCGGAAGGUCUAGAGUCUACAUUUCAGAACUUCUCAAGCCAAGGGUCCCAGGUGGUUUUAGUGCCCCCAAGAGGAAGUCAGCAUCUCCCAAGAAGAAACCAUGACCUUGGCUGGCCCAACCUUCCCAGUACCUGGACUCAGCCCCUAAAGUCAGGUUGCCAAGGAGAGACUUCAGAUCCCCUUCCCCCAAGUGCCCCAGGGCCUGUGGUCCCCUGCAGAGCCAACCAAGGACUACUUGUUUUCUCAGAUUCAAAGGCCUUGUGAAUAAAAUUAUGGUGUAGGGCAGAGGUCAACAAAACACAGCCUGUGGGCUACAUGUGGCCACUGCCUGUUUUUGUAAAUAAAGUUUUAUUCAACCGCCA